AUGGUGGAAGUGGCUCCAAGGAGGUCCGUCAUGUCGCUUAUUACUGAAAGAUCAAACAGACAACAAAGACCUGCGAUAGCUUCCCAUUUAACAACUGAAUCUGUUUUGGAGGAAUCGUUGAUAUGUUUAAUAUGCAGUACAGGACAACUGGAGAUUAAAGACGGGGACACUGCACAAAGCAAAGCCGAGACCUGCAAUUUGUGUAAAGAACACGGCUACGACGGAAACAGACAGGAAAAAGAGUUUUUCUGCAUAUUUUGCUAUGAAAAACGAAGACGCAAAAAGGAAAAAGCAAGAGCAAAUCUUAAACGGCGAAAUACCAUGGUGGAAGAAAGUGUUCAUGGGGCCGAAGGAUCGUUGAAGAAAAUGAAAAUCUGCGGUGACACACAAGCUCGGAGCAAAAUGGGAGCAGGUCAAUCAUAA